AUGGAUAAGGUCACACAAGUUGUCGUCUUCUCGUCGACGGCCAUCGCCCUUUAUGGCUACGAUCAAGGUAUGAUGAGUUUGAUCAAUACCAAUGAAGAUUAUCUCAGUACAAUGGGUCUUCCUGAGGAGAGUCCCAUGGUCGGUCUCAUCGUGGCUUUGUACUACCUGGGUACUGCUGUCGGAGCUGUCAUCUUCUCGUUCCUGGCCGAUCGCUUCGGAAGAAAGCCCGCUCUGUUCGGGUGUCUUGCAAUGUCUUCGCUUGGAAACUUGAUCAUGUUUGUCUCUGGUCUGAAGUUCUCUCAAGGAGCUCUGAUCGUUAUGAUUGUCGGUAGAAUCGUCAUGGGACUGGGCGUAGGUGGUGUUGAUGCCGUUGUUCCAGUCUAUAGCUCUGAGCUAUCCGAAGACGAAGCUCGUGGCAAGGCACUUGCUCAAGAGUUCCAGAUGAACAUCUUUGGACUAAAUUUCGCAUUCGCGGUGAAUCUUGGCUUGACUGUAGCACUGGGCAAGUCCAACCAAUGGGCUUGGAGGCUUCCCAUCAUUAUCAUGCAGAUCUUUCCUGUCCUCCUUAUGGCCUUCAUUGGCAUCCUUCCCGAAUCACCCCGAUGGCUCGUGUCUCACGACCGUAAAGACGACGCCAAAGCAGCUCUUGUCACAAUUUAUGGAGAAGACCAGGCUGAGGAGUCUCUGGACAGCCUCGUCGAAUCCAACGACAACGAAUCUUCCAAAAAUGUCACGUACACUGAUAUGCUUACCCCAGGACAUGCUCAAUUCCACCCUACUAUGGUCACUGUCAUGGGACAAAUUAACCAGGCUCUUACUGGAUAUGGAGCUGUUUCGGUCUAUGGUCCACAGAUUUUUGAGCUGCUUGGAUUUGAUACGCGCAUGUCCGAGUAUCUGACACAAGGCAAUUAUGUGUCUUACUUCAUCCUGAUGACAUUUGCCUGGCUUUUGGUUGACGCUGUGGGUCGCCGUGCUGUACUGCUUGGUGGUUCUAUCGUUCUGACAGUCUGCUUCUUCCUUCUCACCUUGUUCGGAGGUUUGGCCUUCAACUCUGAGGAGCUGGGUAUUCCAGAUGUGGCCGUUGCUGUUCCUGGUAUCGUUGCUCUUUAUGUUGCGACCGGAGCUUUCGGUAUUGGCUGGCUUGCAACCAUCUGGCUUAUUCCCACUGAGAUCUUCCCUACUACUGCUCGUGCGCAAGGCACAGCUGUCAGUGUCAUUGUCUGGGGUCUGGCUAACUUUGCUGUUACACUCCUGACACCCAUCCUCUUCAACAACCUUGACUACUGGCUCUUCCUUGUCUUCGGCUUCUCGAACAUGUUCGCUGGAGUCUGGACCUAUCUCUACCAACCCGAAUCCGGUGGCCGCAGCUUCGAAGAGAACCAAAAGUUCUUCGAAGAGGCCAAAAAGGCGGGUACUUGGAGAGUCGGUGCUGUUUCGGACGGCGAGUUCAAGAAGAUGCCGUACCCUAACUCGGACAAUGACGAUAGCGAAAACACACCUUUGUUGAGAAGAGUGAGAGACCAAGUCUCGGCUUAA